ACCCUUCAACAACACCCCUCAGAUUUCUUUACUGGAUUGUCUCUCAAACGUUGAACUUUAGUUUGCGUUUCAACCGGAUUUGUCGCAGGAAUCAGCAUUAGAUCUUUCUAGCAGCGUUUAGGAGAGGACGUGGAACUAGAAAAGUAUUGAUUUUUUUAUAGAAUUUGACGAAAAAAAUGCAAUUCGCAGCGUUUGUUUUAGUAGUGGUUUCUCUGUGCACGUCAACUACCGAGGCGGAAGAAUAUGCACCGAUCCACAAAGAAGGGUACUGUGUUUGGUACGGCCAGUGCACGGAGCCAGGCCAAACGCCGGCGUUGAAUUGCCUUUAUAACGAACCGGCAAAAGAAUUGAACGACACCAAAGCAAUGAAUAUUUUGAAAAACCUCUGUCCAAAGAUAGCCCAAGGUGGGAAGACUUGUUGUGACCUGAGGCAAUUGGAAGCAUUAGACUCAAAUUUGAACACGCUGCGCCAGUUUACAAGCCGCUGUCCUGCUUGUUGGCAAAACAUGCUUGAUAUGUACUGCGAGUCAACUUGUAGCCCGGACCAAUCACUGUUUAUGGACCCAACAAGCGUUGUAGGUUUUCCCCCGUACACCCCCUACAUGAUUAACACGAUCAACUACUAUAUUGCCCCUGAAUACAAAGAUCAGCUUUUCAAAUCCUGUAAGGAUGUUAUUUUUCCUGGGAACAAUGAGAAAAUCCUGAAUUUGCUGUGUGGUCAAAGUGCAGAGACUUGCAGCCCACAAAAGUUGUUGGAGUAUAUGGGGAGUACAUCUAACGGACAAGCACCCUUUGACAUUCAUUACCCUGAAAUUAUUCGCCCUAACAUGACGUGGAUGAACCAAACUGCUUAUAAAUGUAGUGAAAGCUUCAUUAAUCCACUCACGAACCGCACAUCAGCGAAGUGUAGUUGUCAAGAUUGCCAUGGGUCUUGUCCAGUUCUUCCUCCAGAACCUCCCACCCCAAAACAGAAAACCAUCAUUGGCUUGAGCAUCCUCAGUUUUGUCUUACUGGUGGUCUUUAUUGGGUUUUUCAUUCUCUUCAUGGGCAUCUCAUGCUACAAGAUCUUAAGCAAGCCGGCUUACAUGCGUUUACCAGACAAUGUCGUUGCAAGGGGAGUAGUCUACACUGAGGAACGCCCUCCAUCUAAUGUCAUCAAUGUUGAAAUCGCACGAAAGCCUGGUUGCUUUGAGGUUAUGGGCGUAGCUAUGGAACAAAAGCUCCGCAAGAUCUUCUCUUUGUGGGGACUAUGGUGCAGUAAUCAUCCAUAUACUGUUAUAGUUGGCUGUAUUGUUUUUGUUGGCAUACUUGCUGGGGGAGUCGGUUACUAUUCAAUCAUCAAAGACCCAGUCAAGUUGUGGUCUGCUCCCCAGAGCCGUGCAAGACAAGAAAAGGACCUUUUUGAUAGCAAGUUCUCACCGUUUUAUCGUACAGAACAACUGAUCAUCACAGUUAACCAAAAUUAUCCCCAGAAUCACACAGGCUACAAGCAGUAUCCUGAUGAUAAAUUCAUCCCUUUUGGACCUAUCUUCCACUUGGACUUACUGAAUCAGGCAUUAGAUCUCCAGAACUAUCUCACUGAUAUGGUAGUGCCACACACAGAGAAUGGCAAAACCACCAACAUCACACUUGAGGAUGUAUGCUUUAAGCCGCUGGCACCCCUGAACACCAAGUGCACCAUACAAAGUGUAUUUCAGUAUUUUCAGAACAGCAAAGAGUUGCUGAACAAGUGUAGGACAAGUUUGGGAUAUGACUGUUACAAACCUCACCCAGCUGACUACUUCCAUGACGAUUUUCACGAUCACAUUCUCUACUGCACCAGUGCUCCAACAUCUCUUGAAGAUUUCAAGUGGGGUGGAGGCCCAUGCCUUGGUGAAAACGGUGUUCCAGUCAACCCAAACAUCGCCCUAGGAGGCUUUGAAGGGACUGACUACAACAACGCCUCUGCCCUCAUCAUCACGUUCGUCGUGGAAAACCACAGGGAUGAGAAGAAGAAUGCCAAGGCAGAGUCAUGGGAGAAGGCGUUUAUUGACCACAUGAAGAGCUAUGUCGAACAUCCUGAGAACAGUAACUUGACCAUCAGUUUCUCGUCAGAGAGGUCGAUUCAGGACGAGUUAGACCGUGAGAGUGAGACUGACAUUGCCACCAUCUUGGUCAGCUAUACCAUCAUGUUUGUUUACAUUACCAUCGCUCUUGGUCAGAUCAACUCCUGUGAGAGAAUCAUGAUUGACUCCAAGUUCACCCUUGGCUUCUGUGGUAUCAUAAUCGUCCUGUGCUCUGUCAUCUGCUCCAUCGGCUUCUGGAGUUAUGUGGGCGUGCCUGCCACCUUAAUCAUCAUUGAGGUUAUCCCGUUCCUCGUACUAGCUGUCGGGGUGGAUAACUUCUUCAUCAUGGUCCAGGCUUACCAGAGGAUCAAUCGUUACAGCAAUGAGCCUGUCUCAAAAAAGAUCAGUUGUGCCCUUGGUGAAGUUGCACCCAGUAUGCUACUUUCAUCACUCUCAGAAUCUGUUGCUUUUGGAUUUGGUGCGAUGUCCGACAUGCCUGCAGUUAAGGUUUUCUCUCUCUAUGCCUCCUUCGCUGUCGCCGUUGACUUCAUCCUCCAGAUCACAUGGUUUGUGGCUCUUAUGUCACUUGACGCCAAGCGACAGGAAACCAAUCGCUGGGACAUCAUGUGCUGUGUCAAGCAGAAGAAGACAGAGCAUCGUGAGCAAGAUGGCUUUAUCUAUCAGAUCAUGAAGCACUUCUACGCUCCAGCUCUGCUUUCAGAUUUUGUCAGGCCAUGCGUGAUUGUUCUGUUUACUGGAAUGUUAUUCACAAGUAUCGCCUUGACUCCACAUAUAUCUGUUGGUUUGGAUCAAGACAUUGCACUUCCUAAGGAUUCCUUCCUACUGGACUGGUUCAAGGACAUGCGGCAAUAUCUACAUGUUGGCCCUCCUGUGUACUUUGUUCUAGAUGGCAAAUACGACUUUGAGCACUCAAAGACCCAGAAUCGAAUCUGCGGCUCGGCAGGGUGUGAUCCAGACUCACUUAUCCAACAAGUCUUCACUGCUUCUCUCAGAUCCAACAGGUCCAAGAUUGCAAUGCCAGCAUCAUCUUGGCUAGAUGAUUACUUCAAUUGGAUUGACCCAAGCACUACAUGUUGUAGGAUACUGUACGAGAACACCACAUCUGGAGUUGUGCCCGCAAAGGGGCCAAAUGGGGGCCUUGUCUUUUGUAAUGCAACAGUAAAAAAUGAUCUUUGCAUGCCAUGCAUGAACAAGUCACAGCAAGGGGAGAGACCAACACCAAGCGAGUUUGACAUGUAUUUGCCAUUCUACCUCAAAGACAACCCUGAGUUGGUCUGCGCCAAAGGAGGACAUGCCGCGUAUGGCAAAGCAUUACAGCUGAACAGUAACACAUCGAAGUAUCUAGUUAAUUCAUCGUACUUCAUGUCCUAUCAUACCAUCCUGAAAACCUCCGACGACUUCAUAAGCGCUCUCAAAAAUGCAAGAGAAAUUGCUGACAACAUGACAACAGCAUUAGGUGACCCAGAUAUCAAGGUUUUCCCUUACUGCGUUUUCUAUGUCUUCUAUGAGCAAUAUCUAACAGCUGCCACCAAUGCUUGGAAGAAUCUUCUCUACUGCAUAGCCGCUGUUUUCGUGGUGACAUUCCUGUUGAUGGGGUUCAACCUCAGCAUUGCUCUGAUUGUCACCUUUACCGUCGCCAUGAUCAUAACUAAUCUCCUAGGGCUGAUGUAUCUGUGGUCCAUUAGUCUGAAUGCCAUCUCUAUCGUCAAUCUUGUGAUGGCUGUAGGCAUCUCUGUGGAGUUCUGCUCCCACAUCGCCAGAGCGUUUGCCGUCAACACGCGAAACACCAAGCGUGAACGAGCUGAGGAGGCAUUGAUAGAAAUGGGCAGUUCGGUUCUGAGCGGUAUCACGUUAACAAAGUUUGGAGGAAUCAUCGUCUUAGCUUUCGCCAAAUCACGGAUAUUUGAGGUUUUCUACUUCCGUAUGUACCUCGGUAUCGUGCUGUUUGGAGCUCUUCAUGGACUCGUCUUCCUACCAGUCUUCCUCAGCUACAUCGGUCCCAGGUCCACGCGGCAGAACAAGAGCGAGGAGGACUCGCUUCGAAACAGCUUCCUGAACGGCGAGUCGAAGCCGCUACUGAAUGGAUCACAACCCACAUCUAUACAGUGAUUAUCGUUGAUUGACAAUAAUGUUACCAUAAUUACUGCGAUGUGAUUGGAAGGAGGGCGGCAACGUGUAACAAUUGCGGUGAAAUCAUUGUCACGCAUACGUUGCCAUCGCAACUACAUAUUGCUUGGCAGAGACGAGUCACGUGGUACACACGGACGAAGAAAACGCUUUCCAAGAUGCCUUUGUUAUUAAAGGUCCAAGUCGUGUCGUUCUUUCUGAGAAAGCUUCCUGCCGCCGCGACGACAUACUGAACCAGUUAUGAGAAUGAAAAACAGAUAAAGAUAUUUGGUAUUAUGACAAUUAUAUGAAAAUUUUAAAAUCAGGGGUAUAUAGUGGUAAUUGUGAUGGUUAACUUUAAGCAGGAGUAUAUUUUGUUAUUUUAUUUUAUUUUUACGUUUUGUUCACUUCUAGGUCUAGACGUAAUGUUGGUUUCUCCUAAUUUGUUUGCCUCCCCUCUCAUAUUAUUCUAACGAGCUCUCUCCCCCUGCCAAAGAGUGCGUGACACAUGACGUGACACAUACGUCACUCACUAUACUACCUAGCCAUACCUGCACGCGGAUUUUGUUAAUAAACACGUCAUUUAUA